CAUUCUGUUCCAAUCGCCAGUAGAAAGGCGUGGCUGCCCAAAAUCUUCGACGAAUAGUGAAAAAAUGGGAGGGCACGAGUGAGCUGCGUGAUGUCCUCUCCGAAGGUAGGCUGCAGCGUGUGUUUAUUGAUGAGAUGAAAGAAGAUGGAAGUGAGAAAUGAAACAAAGUAAGGGACAAUAUUAAUAAACUCAGUCCUUGCCUGGGGAAAACCGGGGAAGCUGUGAAGCGCUGUAGCCACUGGAGAAGAAAGACCCUUAAAGCAGCAGGGCGACUUUGAAGAUUCUGCAUGAGGUUAGAUUGUGGCCGGAACGAAAUGAAAUGAGUGGCUGACAACUGACCUCUUCCGCUGCACCACCACCACCAGCAACCUGUAGCAUCUAACCAGUGCCUCUUCACCAGCCUGAUACACAACGCACCCACAUACACACAAUUACCUAACAGAACACCAUCAGACUGUGACAUCAGGUGCAAGGGGAUGACCGAACGCAUUCACCACAUUAAUCUCCACAACUUUAGCAAUUCUGUACUUGAGACCCUCAAUGAGCAGCGAAACCGCGGGCACUUCUGUGACGUGACUGUUCGGAUCCAUGGUAGCAUGCUGCGAGCUCACCGUUGUGUGCUGGCUGCAGGCAGCCCCUUCUUUCAGGACAAGCUGCUCCUGGGCUACAGUGACAUCGAGAUCCCCUCUGUGGUUUCUGUACAGUCCGUCCAGAAACUGAUUGACUUCAUGUACAGCGGUGUGCUGCGGGUCUCCCAGUCUGAGGCCCUGCAGAUCCUCACAGCUGCCAGCAUACUUCAGAUCAAGACCGUCAUCGACGAAUGCACCCGCAUUGUUUCACAAAAUGUUGGCAUUGCUGGAUCUGGCAGCUUUUCCGUCGUCCCAGGCGACUCGGGGCAGGAGACACCACGGGGAACUCCUGAGUCUGGCACGUCCGGUCCCAGUAGUGAUGCCGAAUCAGGCUACAUGCAAACAUCUCACCAGAGCCUUGACCGCGUUUAUUCCUCGCUUUAUUCCAGCUGUUCUGGGUUGGGCCUGCAAAACGGUACCCGUGGAAAUCGCUCCCACUAUGCCAGUACCGCGGUGACAGCCAGCUACGACUCGCCCCUUCCACUACAGCAGAAGGAGGGAGGGCAGGACCCUGCCUGGAUCACACGCAUCCACGAGCGUUCGCAGCAGAUGGAGCGCUUCCUGGUCACGUCGGAGACUACACACUGCCGUAAACAGCCUCGUCCAGUGAGGCUCCACACAGGUGAUAUUCACAUCAAGCAGGAGCAAGGGGACGAGUACAACUGCUACGGGCUUGAGGACUGCCGCGAGGACAGCGAACAGCUGGAGUGUGUCGAAAGUGAGCCCAAAGGCGAGAGCUUUGACUCCGGCGUCAGCUCUUCCAUUGGCACGGAAACGGAUUCUGUUGAGCAGCCGUUCUUGUCUGGCUUUGCCCGAGACAACUGUCCAAACAAAGGCCUGCAAGGCGAGCGUGGAACCCCUGUGCAGAUCGAGGUCAACGAUUCAUCUCCCGAGCAGAACCAAGAGACAGUUGAAGACGGGACUAGAAACGGUCCUUCUCAAGAGAGUGGUGAGCUUGGAAUCCAUCAGCCGCCACAAGCCAACCUAACAGCAGCCCAGUCCAUGCCUGGUGGGCCAUACCUGCGGCCAGGUGAGCCACUUACCAGCAACCUGCGUAUGCCCCUCACCUUGACCAGCAACACCCAGGUAAUGGGAACCGCAGGCAACACUUACUUGCCUACACUCUUUGCAACCCAGUCAGCCAGCGACAACAAGCCUUUCCUCUUCAGUCUGCCCCAGUCCAUUGGGAGUCAGCAGCCCCAAUUUGUGGCAGUGCCCUCUCCCAGCAUGCCUCCAUUCCCCGGCGGACUGACGGUGCCACCAGGUGGAAGUCAGCAGCAAGGUGGUGCUGCAGUGGGACAGCAUGGGGAGAAGAAGCCCUACGCAUGCACUCUUUGUUGUAAGACCUUUACUGCCAAACAAAACUACGUGAAACACAUGUUUGUGCACACAGGUGAAAAGCCGCACCAGUGCAGUAUCUGCUGGCGUUCGUUCUCGCUGAAGGAUUAUCUCAUCAAACACAUGGUUACACAUACAGGAGUCCGAGCAUACCAGUGCAGCAUCUGCAACAAACGCUUCACCCAGAAGAGCUCGCUCAACGUCCACAUGCGCUUGCACCGUGGAGAGAAGUCCUACGAGUGCUACAUCUGCAAGAAGAAGUUCUCCCACAAGACCCUGCUGGAGCGCCACAUGGCCCUGCACAGCACCGAAACCGGGGUCUCCGGGGUCAGUGCCGCCGGGAGCGGCGGAGGCCCCGCAUCCAUCCCGGUUGCGAUGGCUGUUCCCGAGCCGGGAGCGGGAGUGGUGGCUCUCGCCAUGCCAGUGGGAGCGGGCGGAGCAGGGGGCGGAGUCGGAAGCACCGGAGUGGGCGUUGCUGCGGAAGCCAGCUGCCAGGAGGGGACCACCUACAUGUGCUCCGUGUGCCCUGUCAAGUUUGACCAAAUCGAGCACUUCAAUGACCACAUGCGCAAGCAUGUCUCCGACGGAUAAGUACAAAUAAAAAAAAACUCGCGUAAACAUGAAAAAGAAUGAAAUGAUAACGAAAACGGCACUAGAUUUUUUUUUUCUUAUAUUGGGGCAUGAAGAGUAAUGAGUAUAGACACUGGCACAUUAAGUUUUCUAGAAAAAAAAAAGAAGCGUUUAAUUUCUUUUCUUUUUUUUUGUCCUUGCUAUUCUUAAAGAAUAAAAAAAGAUGGUGGCCUUAAGGCUGUGUAGUUGGAUAAUGAUCCACUGGCUGGAUCCAUACUACUGGCCUCUAAAUGUAUGCUUUCCUUAAAUACUGAUUUAUGUGUUGAACACUACCGAAAGGCCUGCGAAAGAACACACAAGAAAAAAAAAUUCACAUGCGCACACACACACACACACACUGAGACAUACACACAAACACAAAUACACAUACCCAUGCAUGCACUCACACGCACAAACUACUUAUACACACUUAUAUAUGGUAGAGGUAUUUUGUAUGUAUGUGUAUUUGUGCAUGUGAGCGUGCGUGUGCACAAAAAUAAAUAUUGCAGUGAAUUUUUUAAACUUGUAGAUCUUUUCCCAUGUAGACCGUAUUGGACACUAUAAGCGUCCAAGCUUACUGUGGUAUAGAUUCAAAAAAAAAGGAAAAAAAAUGAAAGAAAAAGAGAUUUGGCUCUAGAUUCAUUCUAAAAUAAUGAUGGUCACGUGUUUGCCUUUUUAUGUGCGAUAAGAAUAGGAGAGUUGUUCAAUUUGACACUGGGUUUUUAUUUAUUAUUAUGGCAUUGAGGGAUUAUGAUGUUGAUGUUGUCAAGGUACAAGCCAGUUUUAUUAACUGUACUAAAAUGGGAAUUUUUGAGUGGCUUGAUGAAUGAAUGAUUAUUAUGAUUAUGACUAUGAUUACGGUUAUGACAUUUUCCUUUUCUCCCACCCCAUUUUUUUCCCCCGAUGGUUCAGGUCAAGUUUACAAAAAAAAAAGAGAGAGAGAGAGUUUAUCAACGACAGUAUUCGAGCAAAAACUUUGAAUGCCGUUAAUAAUUUCCAAUUCGUUUUGCAUACACUGCCACUAAGAAGACGACUGUUAGUUGACCUCUUCCGCUUCAAAACGAAAUGCGAUAUAAAGUUGCGAGCAACUGAUUUGUUCUUUUCAUUUGCUCCAUGUUUAGUUUUUUUGACAAAAGAAAAAAGGAAAAUGGCAGAUUUUAGUAUGCAAACAGGCCCAAAAUCCAAGUUAAUUGCUGCUCCUCACAUGCUCACUUUGAGACUGUUAUCAGCUGUAGAAUCCAACAUUAUGUGGAUAUUUCUCAAGUUCUUAUUAUUUCUCAGUGAACAUGGGAAACGUUAAGCUAUUUGGAGCCAUGGGCUAGAUUAGAUCAAAAGUGAACUGGACAGAAAUAACCUCCUAAAUGCAUAAAAAUGAUGUAUUUCCUGUUAGCGGCGACUACUAUGACUCAGUUGUUUGGGCCGGUGGGGUGACUAAAAUGCACUACUCCUGUUCCUAAAGCCCCACCUAGUGGCUCAAACAGCCGUCCUUGUUUUUUGCCUGAUGGGAUAUACACAUGGGGCGAGAGAGCAGGCGAAGGAUAUAGGGACGCAAGGCAACAGAAAAAGAAACAUCUACUGAACCACAAUAAAUUCAACACGUUCAUUCUUCUUUAAUAUACCACAG